GGCUGCAGUGUCCAGUGUCCACAGUUUGUCAGUUCGACACGCUCAGCCAGCUUCCUAUCCAAACGAAAGGAAAUAUCCGCGCCAGGCGCCACUCGAAAACCCCGUGCACCAGAAGCAUCAGUAGACGCCUUUGAUUCCCAUCUCCAAUCCCACUCACCCCACCCUCCACCAUGGCCUUGGCCAUGACAUCCUCGUCUCCGCAGCCACCGCCCCCCUCCCACCGGCGCCGUCGCCGCUCGCAACCCGCGACCCCCAAACUCAAAUCCAGGGCCAAGGCCCUUCCCCUCCUCUCCAACGUCGGCGUCGGCCGGGACCCCACCACCAUCAAGUACUACGCCCGCGUCGCCUCCAACCUCGCGGGCGCCGGCCGCCUCCGCGACUUUCUCCUCGCCGCUGAGGGCCUCCGCGCGGCCGCCGGGGACGACGCUGGCUUCGCGGGGCGCAUCAGCGCCCGCCUCCUCUCGCGUGGCGUCGCCGCCGCGCUCCGCGACCGCGGCCUCCCCCACGUGCUGGACUUCCUCCGCGACGCCGAGCGCGUCGGCGUCCCCGCCGCUGCGAUGCUCGACGGUGAAGCCUCCGACGCCAUUGGGGCCGCCUGCCGGAUGCUGCUGGAUGAGCGCCGCAUGACGGAGUUCGUCGAGGUCGUCGAGGCCCUAGCUCAGUAUGGAUUCUUCGUUCAAAGCAUUGCGAACCAAAUGGAUGUAUUGAAAAUAUUUGUCAGGAAGCGUGACCCAGAUAUGGCGAUAAGGUAUGCACGCAUCUUCCCUCAUUCCCAACUUUUACUCUGCAAUAUUAUGGAAGCUUUUGGGAAAAGGAAGGUGUUGAAACAUGCUCUAACGGUCUUCGGAGCUAUUAAGAUCCAGCCUGGAGGCAUCAAUAUGUUUGCAUGCCGAAGUAUCAUUGAUAUAUGCGGUCAUUGUGGUUCUUCCGUGCAGGCUCGUAUUAUAUUUGAGGGACUGCUUGCUGAUAAGAUUACUCCGAAUACCUACGUCUUCAACAGCCUUAUGAAUGUGAAUGCCCAUAGUUUCAGCUACAACUUUUCGGUCUACAAACAUAUGCAAAAUCUUGGUGUCCCUCCUGAUUUGACAUCAUAUAACAUACUUCUGAAGACAUGCUGCAAUGCCAGAGAAUUCAACUUGGCUCAAGAAAUUUAUGAGGAAAUGAAGAAAAAGGAGUGUGAUGGUCUUUUAAAGUUAGAUGUUUUUACAUAUAGUACAAUGAUGAAGGUGUUUGCAGAUGUGAAAAUGUGGAAAAUGGCUUCCAACAUAAAAAAGGAUAUGCAAGCGGCUGGUGUUCGUCUUAACCUAGUCACAUGGUCAUCAUUAAUCAACGCUUAUGCAAAUUCUGAUCUGGUUGAUCGUGCCAUAGAGAUUCUUGAAGAAAUGAUAAGGGAUGGCUGUCAACCUACUGCUCCAUGUUUCAAUAUUAUCCUUACUGCUUGUGUGAAGUCAUGCCAAUAUGAUAGAGCUUUCCGCUUGUUCUAUAGCUGGAAGGAGUCUGGAAUCAGGAUAUCUCUAUCUCCUGAACAGAAAGGAUGUCUCGAUGGCAGUUUCACAUUCUGUAUAGAGCAUCCAAGUAAUGGCGGUAUUGUGUUGGUGGUUCCAUUUAGGCCAACUGUUACAACCUAUAAUAUCUUGAUGAAAGCCUGUGGAACUAAUGGUGAACGCGCAAAAUCUGUUAUGAAUGAGAUGAGGCGGAGCGGCCUUUGCCCUGACAUUAUUAGCUGGUCUAUUCUCAUGAAUAUCUAUGGUACAUCUCAAAACAGGGAUGGUGCUAUUCAGGCACUCAGAAGAAUGCAGCGCAUUGGAAUAAGACUUAAUGUCGCUGCAUACACUGUAGCGAUUAAGGCAUGUGUUGAAAGCAAAGAUUUGAAGUUGGCGUUGCACUUGUUUGAAGAAAUGAAAACACACCAACUGAAGCCAAAUUUGGUGACAUACAAAACUCUCCUGACAGCACGUAGCAAAUACGGAUCAUUACAGGAAGUCCAGCAAUGCUUAGCAAUCUACCAGGAAAUGAGGAAAGCAGGGUAUGAAGCAAAUGACUAUUAUCUCAAGGAAUUAAUAGUGGAAUGGUGUGAAGGAGUUCUGUCUAGUCACAGUGGAAAUCGAGGUUUUUACGAUUUGGAUCUGAAACAUAAGAAGAAAGAAUCAUUCAACCUUUUGCUUGAGAAAGUAGCAACAUUCUUGCAAGAAGAUGUUGAUCAAAACCAAACUGUCGAUGUUCGCGGGCUUUCAAAGGUUGAAGCUCGCAUUGUUGUUCUCUCUGUUCUCCGGAAGAUGAAAGAAAAGUAUAUACUAGGAAGAGCAAUCCAGGAUGAUGUGGUCAUCAUCACUGGUAAUGAGAAGACACCAAGCUCUGUAGUUGAAACGAGUGCUGUGGAGGUCGAGCAUGCAAUAGUUACUGUUUUGACGGAUGACCUGGGUCUCGAAGUUUUGAUCGGACCUGGAAACCGUCCUCCUGUUUCAUCAAAACCCAAAGCUCCGACUAAAUCUAGGAGUAAUUUAGAGCAAGCAUCUAAUUUUUUUGCCAGGAAACCACAGGGAGUGAUAAAAAUCCCUAUCAACUCGCUGAACCAUUGGUUGAAGAAGAAAGCUGUGAGGGUUGUACAGUGAUAUUUCCUUUAGAUGUUCUUUUUUUUCCAUUUAUACCUCCAAGAUUAACACAGUUAUCCUAGGAUUGGAUGAUGUACAUAUCUAAACAGGUUAUUGCUCCCGGUGUCCCAGCAAACAACAUGAUUAGGAGGACUUGCUUACAUGACAGCCAAUGGAGCCUUGGGUAUUGCCCAGUGCAUUCAGAUACCAAAGCAUCACAAAUUUUAUUCUGUAAAUCCAAUUGCAUCACUCAACAGGGUUGUAUCUCAGGUUGAAAUUUUGAAGUGCUUCUCAAGAAUUCAUGUCAGGUAUGAUAGUUCUAACAUUCAAUUUUCCUGUUGUGAUAUCAACUUUCAGUA